AUGAUUAAGCUAGUCAUAGGAAGGCUUACUUUGAACAUUAUUAGCGCAUAUGCGCCUCAAGUGGACUUGGACACGGAGGUCAAGAAAGACUUUUGGGAGGAUUUGGAUGAGGUUGUGAGUUGUAUACUGCAAAUCGAGAAGAUAUUCAUUGAUGGAGAUUUUAAUAGACAUAUUAGGGCAACGUUUAGCAGGUUAGGUGAUGUGCAUGGAGGUUAUAGUUUUGGGGAUAGAAACAGAGGUGGAGCCUCGCUCUUAGAUUUUGCCAAAGCUUUUGAGUUGGUGAGAGCUAACUCAUGCUUCCCGAAGAUGGAGAACCACUUGGUUACCUUUCAUAGCACAGUGGCUAAAACUCAAAUAUAUUAUUUAUUCCUUAGAAAGGGUGAUAGAGGACUUUGUAAUGACUGCAAGGUUAUCCCGGGAGAGAAUCUUACUACCCAAUAUAAUCUUUUGGUGAUGGACUUGGAAAUUAAGAGAGAGGGGGAGCAAGAUUGUGUAUGA